AUGGGAGAGGCUGAUGAUUUGAUGAAGGAUGGAGCAAAGGCUCUAACAAAGACUUCCUUCUUUGGAAAGGCUAAACCUGACUAUGACGAUGCCCUAAACAGCUUUGAACAGGCUGCCAACCUCUACAGAAACGACCGACAGUACGCAAGGGCUGCAGAGGCUCUUCAACAGGCUGCAGAAUGCCAUCGCAAUCUAAACUCAAUGUUUCUUGCUGCCAAGGCUUUGGAAACUGCUGCCAAUGUCCUUUCUCAGAACAUGAAUGAUCCUCAACGAGCUGGCACAGUGUACCAGCAAGCUAGUCAAUAUUUUCUUGUGCAAGGGUCUCCAGAUCGAGCAGGCGAGAUGCUUGAAAAGGCUGCCAAGGCGUUUGAAACGGUGGAUGCAAGCAAGGCAAUCGAGUACUAUACCGAGUCGUGUACAUUGUAUGAAGAGGAAGAUCGACUUAGAUUCGGUGUGGAUACGUUCAAACGUGCCAUUGGAUUUUGUCUACGAUCCUCCAAGCUUGAUCAGGCUAUUGCACUUUCCAUCCGACUGGAAAGCGCAUAUCUUAAGAUAGACAACCAGCCGCUAUAUAACCGUCAAGCACUCACCAAUGUGAUUCUAUUUCUUUCAAAGGGUGAUCAAUCUGCUGCACAGCGGCAAUAUGAAAUGUCUUUGCAAAAGAAUAAUAGGUUUGAGCAAACUGAGGAAGGCCAGGUUACACAGGAUCUACUGACAGCAUGUCAAACGGGAGAUACUGGGAUUUUUGAAGGCAUGCAGCGAUCUCCUGCCAUUCGGUUCUUGGACAACGAUGUUGGAAAACUUUUCAAAAACGUCGUGACUGAUCUCAGUCAAGCUGCUCCUCAAGGUGGUCACUUUGCGUCCAAUGAAGGAAACAAUAACGAACACGCGUCUGGUGCUCAAGAUCUCCGUAAUCUACAAGAUGAAGUUGAGGAAGAAGGAUUCCUUUGA